AUGCAGGGCCCCAACUUCGCCGUGCGGCAAUACCGGCGCCAAUCCAUACUUCACGAUAUAUGGAAAUCCGCCACCGGCUGCAUCCUGCCCGUCACCAACCAGUUCCACCUCAUCCCUUCUGACUUCGUCGUCAUCGUCUUCAUUGUUAUCUUCGUCAUCAUCUUCUUCAUCGUCAUCUUUGUCAUCCGCGUCUUCAUCGUCUUCGUCGUUGUCCUUGUCAAUCUCUUCUUCAAUUUCGUCGACGUCAUCGUCAAUAUUCUCAUUAGCAUCUUCGUCCCCCGCUUUAUCUUCGUCUUCAUUGACAUCUUCAUUCUCGACGUUCUCUCAAUCUACGUCUCCGUCUUCGUCACCAUCCUUUGCUAG